AUGCGGAGUGCAGGAUUUUGGGUCGUCUUAUUACGCAGGCUUACCAGUUGCAGCCCGCUCAAUUUACGGUUUCCCCUGCAACGCCCGGCCACUGCAUACCGUACCGUACUGUACGGCGUCCAGCCAGAUCGACCCAGAUCAGCCCGCAAGGAAUUGGAUACUAUUGGUUAUCGGAGCAUCGCACCGGAACCGAUUAGGCAAUCUGGCUCCCUGUCUUUUGAUUCGCCGUCAGGCUCCUACUGGCAGUCCGCGCGUCGCCCCUUUGCGGAUCCCUUCCUCCCGCCACGGUCUCUGCUCAUUGGUGUAGCCGAGAAAGACAGACUCCAGACUUUGCUCAGGGCGUGA